AUGCAGGAGCACAUUCGCCGAGCUCACCCAGAGCAUUACAUCCCGAAGCUUCCUGCCACAGAAGAAAGCUUUCUGCUCAUGAUCAAUUCCCCUCCCUCAGAUCAUCGAGCUGAUCAAGCUUCCACUUCAACCUCGCAAAGUUUGUCACUUCCGUCUGCCUGGAUUACAGGCGACAGGCCGCGUUUUGCUAAUAGCCGGUUUCGCACAGGCACAGUUGCCCAUGACCGACGAACGUACUACCGCGAUGGCUCUAGCAACCCGGGCACCCCUCGCCAUAGCGAUGAAUACACGACAAGCGGUGGUGGCUCACUGCUCGGGGCUGCAAAUGCCGCAGUAGCUUUGGCAGAGCUCCACGGCGUCAAGUCAGAACGAGAUGUCGAUGUGGAUGGCUACUAUUCAGAUUCCGAUGGCCGCCGCAUUCCUCGGACAUCAAUUGAAUUGCCCCCGCUGCAUUUAUCCAAUAACGAUGUCACGAGCGAUCCGUAUACGUCCAACGUGAAUCGACAGCGCGAGAUACUUCCGUCGCUGCUGGCCCACUCGCCCCCGGGCCGCUCCUCCACCCUCCCUCCUCUUCAGAGGCCGUUGGGUCCCAGUCGUCCACGAAAGCCAUCUAUAACGAAGCGUGGACGUGAAUCCAACCACAAAAAGAAGAGCUCGCGCGGAUCCGCUGCUGAUUGGUUUCGGCGCUUCCAAAAUGAAGAUCGUUUCAGACCCGCCAACGACAGGAAAGCCUUGUCAGCAGAGCCAUCGGCCGACUUUGGCAAACGAUGGGAAGACCUGAUCGAUGCCGCGGACCAGGCUGCUUCUGCGGCUGGCGACUUGGACGAAGAUCGCACUCCAGUACCGCAGUCUCCAGUAUCAAUUCAUCGAGCUUCCGUACCACCUUUGUCCCAUGCUCAAUUUCAAUCUGGGAACUACCAAGCAUCCCCGCUGCAGCAAGCCUUGACACCCCCUUCAUAUAACCAAGACAGUGUCGAUCCCUUUCCCUCGGUCGAGAGCGGCGAAAGCGGCGAGAACUUUCACAUCGGAUCGCGCGGCCUGUCUGACUCCUCGCCAACCUACUCGUCGCAAAACACGCAGAUUUACUGCGCAGCUUGCCAAAAACUAUCGCUGCUCAAGAGCUCCUACGCCUGCACCGAAUGCAUUUGCGGCCUAUGUUCGACAUGUGUCGAGGUGCUCAUGGCAGAACUUGGAGCCCGGAGGAAGUGCCCACGCUGUGCUACCAUCGGCGGUCGGUUCAAGCCUUUCCAGCUCGACAUCAGAUGA